AUCUGAAAAAUGCACGAGAUAUUCACCUAACAAUAAACACGAUAAGAGAGAGAACGGCGAGAGAUCGAACGAGUAACUCCCACUCCUUGUCCACCCUCCACACUGAGACGACGGGAGGCUGCCUUCGAGAUGUUGUCGUGGAAAGUGUGGUCGUUCUUAUUGGUAGCGGGCGUGUUGGGGACGACCACAGCGGCGGGGAAACGACCUCCUAACAUAGUGGUGAUGCUGGCUGACGACCUGGGCAUAGGAGAUGUUGGUUGCUAUGGAAACACGACCAUUCGGACGCCUAAUAUUGACAAACUGGCCUCGCAGGGCAUGAAGCUGACGCACCACCUGGCCGCCGCCGCCAUGUGCACCCCGAGCCGCGCCGCCCUCCUCACGAGCCGCUACCCCUCCCGCUACGGUUUAGUCGGUUCAGACGGAUGGGGAUCUCCAGUCAUUGCACAUGUUGCAAGCCAAGCCCAUUUACCCCUGGACGAGGUCACACUUGCAACGGCGCUCUCGAAGGUCAACUACACCACUGCGCUUGUGGGCAAGUGGCACCUGGGCUCCUUCUGCAACUUCCUGGGGAGGAGCUGCCCCGGGCCCCUCAACCACGGCUUCCAGACCUUCUUCGGCAUCCCCGUCACCCUCUUCUUCGAGUUCCGAGGUCCUCACGCCUUCUGGAAGUUCGACCUCGAGAAGCCGGAGUACCAGCGCCUUCUUGGAACGUGGGUCGUGGCCUUGGUGAGUCUCGCCUUGGGAAGAAAAUUCUUUUCUUGGCGGCUUCGAACUCUCUUCCUCCUGCUGGUGGUCAUCAACGCCCUCUUCUUCGUGUACUGGUUCGUGGUGGCUCACGUCGGGAUCAACAAGGAGUGUCUGUGGGGGGUCUCCCCAUGGCUCCAGCGGAUGGCCAACUCCCUCCUGAUGCGGCAGGACAAGGUGGUCGAGCAGCCCAUCCAGCUCGACGGCCUCUCCCAGCGCUUCGUCAAGGAAUCCCGCAAGUUCCUGGAGGACCACGCGAACGACGAGCAGCCGUUCUUCCUCUUUCACUCGUUCGGCCACGUUCACACGCCCAUGUACUCUGCGCCGCACAUGACGGGCGUGAGCAAGCAUGGGAGCUACGGCGACAACGUGGAGGAGAUGGACGAGGGCGUGGGCGCUCUGAUGGCCGCCCUCAAGGAGCUCGGCCUCGAGGACAACACCAUCGUGUACUUCACCUCCGACCAGGGCGCCCACCUCGAGGCCAUGGAUCUCGAGGGGCGGCGGAUCGGGGGCCACAAUGGGCGGUUCAAGGGAGGAAAGGUCAUGGGCGGCGCCGAAGGAGGCAUUCGCGUGGCGGGUAUUUACCGAUACCCCGGGCACAUCCCAGCGGGCAAGACCUUGGACACGCCCACCUCCCUCAUGGACCUCAUGCCCACCGUCCUCGAGCUGGCCGGCCUGCCCACCAUGCAGGACAUCAUGGCCAAGUCGCAUGCGCUCAAGCCCCGCCAGGAUCUAGACGGCGAGAGCAUUGCCGACCUCCUGAAGGGGAAGUCCCGCCCGGCCUCGCACCCUCCGCGCAUCUUCCUGCACCACUGCCGGAAGAACGUCCAUGCAGUCAGGCUCGUCACAGAUAAGCACAUCUACAAGAUGUACCUCUUCAAGCACAAGUGGCACCCGGGCAGUACCCAGUGCGGCUGGGGGCACUCCGUCGGCUGCCACUGCCACCCGACGUGGAUGCACGACCUGACCAAGCAGCCCGAGCUCUAUGACCUCAAGGUCGACCCCUACGAGGACAAGGAGCCCAUCAGCCCCAGCUCCGAGGAGUACAAAGAGGUGGUGGGGCAGCUGCAGAAGUACCUGGAGGAGUGGCACCGGACCGUGCACUACCCGACGCCCCAGCUCACGUCCCUCUUCGAAGUCGCUUGGACGCCGUGGAUGCAGCCCUUCUGCCUCACCUGCUGACGUGGGGGCACCGGGGAGGGGGCGCUCGGCGGGGAAUAGAGCUCUCGAGUGAACAGU